CGCCAUUUUACCUACCAAAUUUCAGCGUGGAGACCGGCUUGAUCAUACCUACAAAAAAAGGCGUCAGUGUCCGCUAUCUUGGCUUCAAACUUCUGACAAAAUGAGCGUUCCAGUCUUAUUUUAGUUCACUGUUAAUCACUGACUUAGCUGGUUUCUUGUGAAUUGCAACGUCACCGGCGAAACCAAAUGCUACAGAUUUAGUAGUUGGUUUAUAUAUGUGAUUUUAUGGCGACUUGGUUUAUGAAACGACUAAAUAUAAGCAAACUGCUGGUUCUGAGGGUUGUAUUCAAAUGUUUAUCUUCUCCAAGGAGUGCAAGAUGUCUCCACAUGGGCGAAUAUUUCACUCGUGGACGCUUGAUUGAGAUUGAGUUACAGACACCAGUACCCUUGGCUGGAAGGAAAUAUUUAGCAAGUUCAACAUCUCCCGGCUUUCCGAAAUAUCUUUCAGGACCAAAAGAUGACUUUCCAAUGUUGAUUAAAGCGAAGAAAGGUCAGGAGACUAGUAUGAAACACUGGGCAUUGAGAUCAAGAGAGAUUAUUGAUCAGGCAUAUCAAAGGUACGAGAAGGAUGGUACAGCGGUCGCUCUAUUGUUCCGUGGUCUUCCAAACUCAGGUGAAAAGGAUUUCUCAGAAUGGGUUAACAAUUUGGGUUUCAAACCAUUUUCCUAUGUUGGAGGAGUAGGUGCAAGAAAUGAAAUUGAACUGAACGUUGACCAGGGAGCUUUGGAUGAAAAUGUUUAUAGUAUUGAAACUCAUAAUGAGAUGGCUUACUCCAGCAGAUUUCCAAAGAUCUUCACAAUAAGUUGUCUCAAGAAACCUCACUGGGGUGGAGAGACUGCAAUUUGCGACAAUAGAGAUUUCUCCGCGAAAUUGGAUCCCAACUUUGUUGAAAAAUGCAGAGAUAGAAAAAUCCGUUACUGGAAUUGUCUUCACAGCGAAGAUAGCGAAAAAAAUAAUUACCAAAGUUGGCAGAUGCGUUUUAGAACCAAGGACAAAGACGAAGUUGACGAGUUUUUAAAAUAUCAGAAAUACAAUUUUUUCUGGGAAGAAAACACGUUGUUUUACUGGGACAAUGUAUCGCCGACUCUGAAACACGUGAAAAGUGGCGAAGAAUUGUGGUUUACCCAGAUUGCAACGAGCCAUUGCACUUAUUUUACGAACUCUCCACAAUACGAGGGCCAGCCGAAAAUGCCGAACAAGGAGUACCCGACUCACACCACGUACGGUGAUGGAGAGGAAUUUACAUCGUACGAAAUUGACAAUUACAGACGUUGUAAGUGGGAAAAUGCUGUUGCAUUUGACUGGCAAAACGGUGAUAUUCUUUUUGUUGAUCAGAUGAUUGUCCAACAUUCCAGAUUAAGUUUUGAGGGGGAAAGAAAAGUUGGUGUUAGCUUAUUGGACUACUAAUACAACCACGUCUUUGGGUUUAAGGGGGUCCAUGCACCACUACUCAUAUACAAGAUAACAUUAAACUUUAUUUUUUCUAUAUUACUAUAGGCAAGUUACCCUGAGUAAAAAAGAAUUGUAUGAGUGUCCCCGGAGCUAGUAAGCUUAUAUUUAGCAAUACAAGACACACUUAAAGUUUCAUUGGCGAAUUGUCCAUUAUUACUCAACUCGAUACAGACAAAUAUGUAUUUUUUACGUGAAAUGUACAUAAGUUCUGGCUCGCACACGCAUAUAUAAUAGUAUACCUCAAUUAUUUAGUCGAG